AAAUCGAUUUUACCCCCAAUUCUGAAAAAGUUUGUUAUUAGCGAUGAAGAAUUGCAUACAAUUAGCUGUAAGAUAGAAGCAGAAAUGAAAGCUGGGCUUGCCACAGUGGACGGGUCUUCUAUAGCCAUGUUGCCCUCCUACGUACCUGCCCUUCCCGAUGGAUCAGAAGAAGGGCAGUAUGUGGCAAUCGAUCUUUCUGGCAAAAAUCUACGUAUAAUGCUACUCACGCUCAAAGGUACUGGACGCGAGCCUGCUGCUGUCAAUAACAAUUAUAUAGUCCCGAACCAUGUGAUGAAAGGCACAGGUGACCAACUGUUCACCUUCAUUGUCAAUUGUCUGCAACGUUUCCUGCAAGAAUUCGGUCUAGUCGAAGCAAACUUACCCAUUGGUUUCGUAUUUUCCUAUCCUUGUGAGCUGCUGUCUAUUCGCUCCGCACGACUAUUAUGGUGGACAAAAGGAUUUGACAUCAAGGAUUGCCUGCGGAAGGAUGUUGUCCAACUCCUAGAAGAGGCUUUGGAAAUGAACAUGUCUACAAAAGCACAAAUCAAAGCAGUUAUGAAUGAUACAGUGGGACAGCUUGCGGCAGCUGGUCACAAAUAUGGCCCCGAGUGCACAAUUGGUGUCGUUAUAGGUUAUGGGUGCAAUUCUUCUUAUUUGGAAAAGACAUCUCGCAUCACGAAAUUCGACGCCAAAGCUGUUGGCUACAAACAUCCUAAUAUGGUUGUGGUCACAGAAUGGGAAGAAUUUGGUUCUAAGGGCGAACUCGAUUCUGUUCUCACGCAGUUUGAUAAAGAGAUCGAUGCAGCAUCAGUUCACCAAGGGAAACAAAUCAUUGAUAAAUUAACUGGAGCCUUAUAUUUGGGAGAUCUGGUACGUCGAGUGCUGUCUCAGCUGGUGCUCGAUCGUGUUCUAUUUGAUGGUCAUCCCUGUGAGAAAUUGGACGAACCUGACACAUUCCCCACAAAAUAUAUCAGCGAAAUUCUCGCUGAAGAAGAAGGCAGCUACAAGGCUUGCCGUCGUAUAUGCGAUGAGCUUGAUGUUCCUAUGCACGGCUCCGGUGACUAUCACAUAAUUCGUGGUGUUUGCUAUGCAGUGUCGAACCGUAGUGCGGCUAUCGUCGCUGCAGCGAUCAGCGCCCUACUUCGUCAUCUCGACGUGUCAAAAGUGAAGAUUGGUGUUGGUGGGGCUUUGAUUCAGUUCCAUCCGAUAUACCACAAGCUGCUGGAAGCAAAACUAAGUGACUUGGCUCCUUUGACGACAGAGUGGGAGCUGGUCCCUGCAGAUGAAGGAAGUGCUCGUGGUGCUGCUCUGAUCGCUGCUGUAGCUGAAAAAAUGAAACUGUAG